CCGUCACGUGACUUGUUUUAUAAGGAAGUCACGCGCGCCUGUAUAAAACCAAGCUUGUCUUCCGCUCUAUUCAUCCCCUUCGGUAAAUCAUCGUUGGGGUCUUACGAUGGACGCCAAUGGCCGCCCGCUGGUCUUAUUUUUAUCCAUAUUAGCCGGGUUCGGGCUUAGCUCGUGGGCUCAUUAUGCGCCCGACGAAGUGAGUGACCUCCCCGGCUUGACGUUCAAACCCAACUUCCGUCAGUUUUCGGGAUACGUCCAGGCCAGACCCGGCAAAUUUCUUCAUUAUUGGUUUGUGACCUCACAGCGGGACCCAGUCAAUGACCCCCUGGUAUUGUGGCUCAAUGGAGGCCCGGGCUGCAGCUCGCUUGAUGGAUUCUUAUCAGAGAAUGGACCCUUCCACGUAAGAGACAACGGAGCCACUUUGUACGAGAACAUUUUCAGCUGGAACAGGAUCGCAAACGUGCUUUAUUUAGAAUCUCCGGCAGGGGUUGGUUACUCCUACUCCAAUGACGGCGACUACGCCACGGAUGAUGAUCAGGUCGCUGAGGACAAUUACAAAGCACUGCAGAGUUUUUUCGCAAAGUUUCCCAGCUUCACUCGGAAUGACUUUUUUAUCUUUGGAGAAAGUUACGGUGGAAUUUAUGUGCCAACCCUCAGCUUGCGCAUCGCUGCAGGAAAUGACUCAAUCAAAUUCAAGGGCUUUGCUGUGGGAAAUGGUCUCAGCAGCUAUGCACUCAAUGAUCAGGCUUUAAUAUAUUUUGCCUACUACCAUGGCCUCUUUGGUCAAGAGUUGUGGCAAGAUCUAAACAAUUAUUGCUGCGAGGAACAAAGAUGCGACUUCUCCAACUCCACUUCGUCAAAAUGCCAAACAAUGGUCAGCGUGGCCUUUAAUAUAGUCUACAACAGCGGCCUUAACGAGUAUGCCCUUUACUUGAACUGCGAGGGUCGCGGCGGGUUUCACCCAGCCUACGAGAGGGCAAUGAGUCACCUGUUCAAGAACUACCGCAAACGCAGCAACGAUGUAAGGCUUUCAGAGGGGCCGUCAUGGGCCAUCUCCCUGGGCGAGGUCCCCCCGUGUAUUAAUAGUACGGCUCAAGUCAACUGGCUCAACAGGGGCGACGUGAGGAAGGCCUUGCAUAUUCCUGACAUGCUGCCACCGUGGGACCUGUGCAGUGAGACCGUUGGGCGAGGUUACACCAACCUGUACCCAUCAGUGAAGGACGUUUAUCUAAAGUUGCUUUCUUUUGGCCUUCGGGCACUUGUCUACAACGGGGACACAGACAUGGCCUGUAACUUCCUGGGAGAUCAGUGGUUUGUGGAAGACCUCGGCAUAGAGGCCACUACGAGGUACCAACCCUGGUACCUUGACAAACAGGUCGCAGGGUUCUACCAGCAGUAUGGAAAUGUUACUUUCCUGACAGUAAAGGGUGCGGGUCAUAUGGUUCCACAGUGGGCUCCAGGUCCAGCGCUUCAAAUGUUCCAGUCAUUCCUAACAAAUGGCCAUUACUGAAUCUUGAUCAAAAUUGCUCAAUGUGCAUUCGUGACCUUUUUUUCAGGGAAUUUGGAUUUUGAGGGAAAGGAUUGUUGGGAAUUUAUUUUGAUAAUUUUCUUGUCUUAGAGAGCACACUGCAGCGUUUGGGCUGUGUUAUACAGAACAAAUAAUAUUUGUUCAGGCACGGUGCAAAGAAAAAUAAGUGUCCUACUCUCAAUUACUUAAAUUGAAUUGUGUGCCGAAAUGAAUUCGUAACACUGCAAUCAAAGUUUGCACUUUUCAGUCAUGUCAGAUGACUGUCAAUAAUGCUGAACUUGAUUUCAUUAAAAUAGCAUUUUUAAGAAAA